AUGUCGUCGUUCGACGUGGACGACGAGUCGCUGCGCGCCUUCGCCUGCACAGGCGGCGCGAUGCCGUCUGGCAGCGCCAGCCAGGGCCUGCUCGAGCCGCUCGAGCUCUUCGGCAGCCAGUCGCUGCUCUCCCACUCCUUUCCCACCAGCGCCCAGCCGAGUCCACACCCCGGCGGCUUCAGCGCUCCCUCCCCGCGCGCACCACCUCGCCCGCCAGCGUCCACCUCGCUCGCAGACUCCCUCUCGCAGUCCCGCUCACCAGCUCCUCCCCUUCUGCAUGCCCUCGUGACGGCAUCUGCACCGCAGCAUGGCAGCUCGGCGCCUUCGCCGCAUGUGCGCCUCGGAGAAGUGCGGAACCUGCUGCUGGGCGAGGUGCGGACACUGCUCGCCUCGCUCGAGUCGGGCGUGCAGGGCGCGAUCCGAGGCCUGCAGGACCAGCUCGAGAUCUCGAGCCGCGACAGCCUCGAGGCGGCACGGCGCAUCAAGGACGACCAGUAUGCGCUCCACCGCCUCGUGCGCCGAGAAAACCAGGAGCUAUUGGAGCAGAUGCGAGAGCAGGGCGAGAGCGCGACCGAGUCUCAACGCGCCGUCAGCGUCGCCGUUGCACGCGUGCAGGAGAUCGCUUCGUCGUGCGAGGCACAUGCCACAAGCACGGCCGCGAAGCUCCAGGCUCGCCUAGCUGCCGUCGAGUCGCUGUUCGAAACGCGCUGCACCAGUCUGCAAAGCUCUCAAGACGCGCUCACGGAGGCAGUCUCGCGACUGGAGAGCACCACUGCAGCAGCACAUGCCGAUGCGCAGCGACACUACGCCGCCAGCAGCGAGACGGUCUCGCUCGAGUCGGUGCCGGGCCUGCGCGGCAUCGCGGCGCUGCUCUCGGCGCUGCCGGCGCAGCUGAGCACGCACAUCGAGCAGGUGAAGCGCGCCGCUGAGGCGGGAAGCGUCUCGACGACGUCGUCGCAUGUCGCUCCGUCAAAGACGGCCGAGCCGGAGCCGGCCGCACUUGACCUCACUCGAGGCGACGAUGCGCACUCGGACGAGCCAGACAUCAGCGUCACUCGCGAGCCAGAGCCGGACACGAGCGUCCAGCCGUCUGCUCCAGCAGCGCUUAGCCAGCGAGGCCAACUUGGCCACGGCCAGCGCCGGCCUGUGCGGCCAUCGCUGAGCGGCGUGACAGCGCCCGGCUCUCAGAAAAAGCGCCGCAUUCUCCUUUCCGACGAGGACGAGCCGAGCGGACGCAGCCGUGCCUCGCGUCGCUUGCUCUGA